CGAAACCGCUCUGGAACCGCAUCGAGAAGCAGCGAAAAAUCAGAGGACCAGGGUUCGAUCGCUCUCCGCCUUCCCCUCCGUCUUCUCCUCCCUCGUUUCUCGCAGGGGAGGAGUUUUAAUCGGCGGACUCUCGUGCGAUCCCACAUUUCGCCAUGGAGGCCCUCAUAGAGCUUUGCGAUCUCGUCGCGCAGAACCCCGAGAUCUUCGCGGACAAGCUCGCCUGGAUCUGCUCCCGCUGCCCUUCCUCCGCCCACCGCCUCACUGACAACGGCACCGCCGCCUCCCCGGUUCCUCCACCUCGGGCCACCCGAUCCCAGCUGCACGCACUCGUCGCGCUCUCCCGCCUCCUCUCCCGCUGCCCUACGGCACCUACAUCAGCCCGCGCUCCCCUCCUCGAUUUCCUCCCUGCCAUCCCCGCUUCCGCCCUACGCCCCUCCUUCUGGCCCCAGGCGUUCCCCCUUGACCAGAUCUCCCUCUUCUUCUCUGACCUCCUCCAGUACGCUGCCCAGGCGGCUGAGGUCUCCCCGGAAUUAGCUGCUGAAUUCUCGGGCUUCUUCGGCUCGACCGUCGUCACCGCCGUCUCCAUCCUCAACGGCAGAGGAAAUGGCGACCCUGCCAUCGCCCGUGCCUUUCUGUCUGCUGUCUCCAGGAGUUGCCCCACGAUCAGCCCCUCUGACUCGGAGCAGCUCGUCGGGUGCCUCCUCGACCAGUUCGCCUCGCCCGGGACUUCUGAGGCCUCAGCCAAUUUGUCACUCUCUGAGAACUCGUCGUCGUGGAGCUCAUCCGUGCAGAGCACUCCAACUAAGGGGAAGUCGAAAGAUAAUGAUAAGGAGAUUGCUGACGAUGCAGCGAGCGAGAUAUCCUCCACUAUGUCAAGGGGGAAUGAGAGCUCUGAAGGCAUUGCUCGGGGUAUUGCAGAUCUAUCUGUUUCCAAAGACGGGUCAGGUGCAGCUAGGCAAGUGGUGGUGACAUUUGAGGAAGAGUCCUUGGAGAGCUUAGAGAAACAUGAAAUUGCCUUCAGGUUGUUUGGUCAGGUGCUAGAUAGAACUGGGGCCGUUAAGUCUGAGCAAUUGGAGCAGGUCAGGAAGGUGGCUACGCAGCAGAUCAAAUCUUUGCCUGUAUUUCUCAAGGUCCGCAAACGUGAAUGGAGGGAGCAAGGGCCACAACUGAAAGCUAGAAUAAACACAAAAUUGUCUUGUUGUCAGGCAGCAAUACUGGUUCAGGUUAAGAGCCUAAUCUCUCUAGAUUCAGAUGGGAAGUCCUCCAAGGAUUUAUUGCGUAGAACACUUGCUUUACUCCUGGAUGCUGCUGAAGCUUGUUUACUCUCUUUAUGGAGGAAAUUAAAAGUAUGUGAGGAGCUUUUUAGCACGUUGCUCAGUGGAAUUAGUCAAAUUGCUGUGUCCCGUGGCGGCCAGCUCUUGAGGGUGUUGCUCAUUCCCCUAAAGCCACUUGUUCUGACGACUUGUGCUCAGGCUGAUAUGCUAGGAAAUAAUCGUGGAGCUAUGUUUGAGACAGUGACUAAGCUAUGCUGUGAAAUAAUUGAGUUUGGAUGGAGCAAAGAUAGGGCUCUUGUUGACACUUUUGUUAUGGGUUUAGCUUCAUGUAUCCGUGAAAGGAAUGACUAUGAGGAGCAGGAUGGGAAAGAAAAACAAACGGUUCCUACUGUGCAACUCAAUCUUAUUUGUCUUCUUGCUGACUUGAGCUCAUUAUUGAAAAAGUGGGAAAUUGUUGACAUGAUACUGCCUCUCUUUAUUGAGAAUCUUGAAGAGGGCGAUGCUUGUACUCCAAGUUUAUUACGCCUAAGACUACUAGAUGCAGUAUCUCGCAUGGCUUGUUUGGGUUUUGAGAAAUCCUAUCGUGAGACUGUAGUUCUGAUGACUAGAAGCUAUUUGGAUAAACUCAAGAAUUUUGGACUGGAUGAAAACAAAACACUUCCUCCAGAAGCUACUACAGAGCGAAUAGAGACACUUCCUUCAGGUUUUUUUUUGAUUGCUUCUCACCUCACCAGCUCAAAACUCAGAUCUGACUACCGCCAUAGGCUUUUGUGUUUAUGCUCUGAUGUGGGUCUAGCUGCCGAAUCAAAAAGUGGAAGGAGUGGUGCUGAUUUCAUGGGACCUUUACUUCCUGCAGUUGCAGAAAUUUGUACUGAUUUUGAUCCUGUUGCCAGUGUUGAGCCUUCUCUCUUAAAACUAUUCCGAAAUCUAUGGUUCUACAUUGUUUUGUUUGGCUUAGCUCCUCCGAUUCAACCAACUCAGAUCUCAUCAAAGCCAGUAUCAACAUCAUUGAGUGUUCAAGGAAGCAGUAGUGCCAUAGCACUUCAAGCUGUGGCUGGGCCUUAUAUGUGGAAUGAAGAAUGGUCCAUUUCUGUUCAGCGAAUUGCAAAAGGAACACCACCACUGGUUGUUAGUUCAGUGAAAUGGCUGGAAGAUGAAUUAGAGCUAAAUGCACUUUCCAACCCAGGAAGUCGACGUGGCAGUGGUAAUGAGAAAGAUGCUGUUGGUCAGCGAGCUGCUCUUUCUGCUGCAUUAGGAGGACGUGUAGAGGUAGCAGCAAUGAACACAAUUUCAGGUGUUAAGGCAACAUAUCUUCUUGCAGUUACUUUUUUGGAGAUAAUACGGUUUCGAUGUAAUGGUGGUGUAAUUGACACUGAUUCCUCAUCACCUACACUAAGAAGUGCAUUUAUCUGUGUGUUUGAGUACCUGCUUACACCCAACUUGAUGCCAGCUGUAUCUCAAUGCUUGACUGCAAUAGUGCAUAGGGCUUUUGAAGCAGCAGUUUCAUGGCUGGAGGAAAGAAUAUCUGACAUUGGAAAAGAAGCUGAAACAAGAGAAUCAGUUCUUUCUAGUCACACGUGCUAUCUUAUAAAAAAUUUGUCACAAAGGGAUGAGCAUGUCCGUGAUAUCAGUGUUAAUUUGUUAACUCAGUUGAAGGAAAAAUUUCCCCAGGUAUUGUGGAACUCCUCGUGCUUGGACUCGCUUCUCUUUUCAGGUCAUAAUGAAUUACCAUCUAUUCAUGUUCACGAUCCUGCUUGGGUUGCCACAGUUCGUUCUUUGUACCAAAAGACGGCUCGAGAAUGGAUCACUACUGCUCUUUCUUUUGCUCCCUGCACUACCCAGGGGCUUUUACAGGAAAACCUAUGCAAGCCAAAUGCGUUGCAGAGAACACAACAUGCCUCAGAUGUUGUAUCUCUUUUGUCUGAGAUACGUAUCUGUACAGGGAAGAAUGAUUCUUGGAAUGGCAUUAGGACAGCAAAUAUCCCUUCUGUUAUAUAUGCUGCAGCUGCCGCUUCAGGAGCCAAAAAGGAGCUCUCUGAAGGUUUUGUUCUAGAAGUUCUGUCAAUUGCUGUAGUGAGUGCGACAGUUAAGUGCAACCAUGCUGGAGAGAUCGCAGGCAUGAGAAGGCUAUAUGACAGUAUAGGUGGUCUGGGUAUGUCGGCAGUUGGUCUGGGACUUGGUCUUGGUCAAUCUAUGAAUGGGAUGCCAUCUUCACAGUUAAACCUUAAAAAAGAGUCGUUCAAUGAAAUUCUUCUUUCAAAAUUUGUUCAUCUACUUCAGCAGUUUGUAGGUGUUGCUGAGAAAGGUUUACCAAUUGAUAAGACAUUAUUUCGUGAUACUUGUUCGCAGGCUACUGCACUACUUCUAUCGCACUUGGAUUCUGACUCUAAAGUUAAUAUGGAAGGAUUUUCACAAUUAUUGCGCCUCCUUUGCUGGUGUCCUGCUUACAUUUCAACUCCAGAUGCAAUGGAGACUGGCAUCUUUAUCUGGACAUGGCUAGUUUCUGCACCUUCUUUGGGGGCUCUUGUCCUUGCAGAGCUUGUUGAUGCAUGGCUGUGGACUAUAGAUACAAAACGCGGUUUGUUUGCAUCAGAGAUGAGAUAUUCUGGUCCUGCUGCAAAAUUGCAGCCACAUCUUGUUCCUGGUGAACCUCAAGCACCACCAGAGAAGGAUCCAGUGGAAGGGCUAAUUGCACACAGACUCUGGCUUGGCUUUUUUAUUGACCGGUUUGAGGUUGUUCGACAUGACAGUAUUGAGCAACUUCUACUUCUAAGCAGACUGGUGCAAGGGACCAUGAAAUCUCCUUCUCAAUUUUCUCGCCAUCCUGCUGCUGUUGGCACGUUCUUCACUGCGAUGCUCCUUGGACUAAAAUUUUGUCUAUGCCAGUCACAGAAAAACUUGCGGAACUCUAAGUUGGGCCUUCAGUUAUUGGAGGACAGAGUCUACCGUGCUUCUCUUAGCUGGUUUGCUUAUGGGCCUGAAUGGUAUGAAACAAAUAGUAAGAGUUAUGCUCAGAGUGAAUCCCAAUCUGUUUCAUUAUUUGUCCAUCAUCUUUUAAAUGAACGAGUAGAUAGUAUUGCAAUUGAUUCGUCAACAAGAGGAAGGGCAAACGAUACCGAAUUGACUAAUAUGACAGAUAUAUGUCAUCCUGUUUGGGGACAUAUGGAUUCCUAUUCUAUAGGAAAAGAGAAGCGCAAGCAGCUGCUCCUAAUGCUUUGCCAGCAUGAAGGUGAUAGGUUGGAAGUCUGGGCACAACCCCUAAAUAAAAAAGAUAACAUAUCUCGUACUCAAAUUGGGUCAGAUAAAUGGAUUGAACAUGUAAGAACUGCUUUUGCCAUAGAUCCUCGCAUAGCUCUCUGCUUGACUUUGAGGUUCCCUGCAAAUUCACAUAUUGCAUCUGAAGUAACUCAGUUGGUACAGACACACAUCUUAGAGAUUCGUACAAUACCUGAAGCGUUACCAUUUUUUGUCACUCCAAAGGCAGUUGAAGAAAAUUCUGUGUUACUGCAGCAACUACCACAUUGGGCCGCCUGUUCCAUCACUCAGGCUCUUGAUUUUUUUACCCCGCCAUUUAAGGGUCAUCCCAGAGUGAUGGCAUAUGUCAUGAGAGUUUUAGAGUCCUAUCCUCCUGAACGGGUGACUUUUUUUAUGCCACAGCUGGUACAAGCUCUCAGAUAUGAUGAAGAGAAAUUAGUUGAAGGCUACUUGCUGAGAGCUGCUCAAAGAAGUAAUAUAUUUUCUCAUAUUUUGAUUUGGCAUCUUCAGGGUGAGUCUUGUGAACAAGAACCUGGAAAAGAAGGUGAGGUCAUCAAGAGCAAUCCCUUUCAAGCUAUGCUUCCUCUGGUCAGGCAAAAAAUUAUUGAUGGCUUCACAGCUGAGGCCCUCGACUUGUUCCAAAGGGAGUUUGACUUCUUUGAUAAAGUCACAUCCAUUUCUGGUGUUUUGUUUCCACUUCCAAAGGAGGAACGCAGAGCUGGUAUUAAAAGAGAGUUGGAGAAAAUUAGUAUUGAUGGUGAUGAUCUCUAUCUACCUACUGCUACAAACAAAAUAGUUCGGGGUAUUCAAUUGGAUAGCGGCAUUCCCCUUCAAUCAGCAGCAAAAGUUCCUAUAAUGAUUACCUUCAAUGUUGUGGAUAAGUAUGGUGAUCCUAAUGAUGUGAAGCCACAGGCCUGCAUAUUUAAGGUUGGAGAUGAUUGCCGACAAGAUGUUCUUGCUCUUCAAGUGAUUGCCUUGCUCAGGGACAUAUUCAAUGCUGUUGGAUUGAACCUUUAUCUGUUCCCUUAUGGUGUUUUGCCAACUGGACCUGAGAGAGGUAUAAUUGAGGUUGUUCCUAAUACUCGUAGUAGAAACCAGAUGGGAGAGACUACCGAUGGCGGUUUGUACGAGAUCUUUCAACAAGAUUACGGGCCUGUAGGUUCUCCUUCUUUUGAGACUGCACGAGAAAUGUUUAUGGUCAGUAGUGCUGGUUAUGCAAUUGCUAGUCUUCUACUUCAACCAAAGGAUCGACAUAAUGGCAAUCUCCUUUUUGACAACCAGGGAAGGCUUGUUCACAUAGAUUUUGGAUUCAUAUUGGAAACAUCACCAGGUGGUAAUAUGCGAUUUGAAAGUGCCCACUUCAAAUUAAGUCAUGAGAUGACUCAAUUGCUUGACCCUUCUGGAUCAAUGAAGAGUGAAACAUGGAACCAGUUUGUCAGCUUGUGCGUCAAAGGAUACCUUGCAGCACGAGUCCACAUGCAGGGAAUCAUUACGACGGUGCUUUUGAUGAUUGACAGUGGUCUACCGUGCUUUAGCAGAGGAGAUCCCAUAGGCAAUCUUCGGAAGAGAUUCCACCCUGAGAUGACUGAACGUGAGGCCGCGAAUUUCAUGAUUAGAACAUGCAAUGACGCGUACAACAAGUGGAGCACGGCUGGCUAUGACUUGAUUCAAUAUUUGCAGCAAGGCAUAGAAAAGUAGAUCGAAAUCAAUCUAUUGUCUGUACAUAUAAGAUUUCCCGUGUUCUUAUAUGUUAAAGAUGUAGCAUAAAUUAGUCACGAUGCUGGUUUGUUGAGGCUGCAAGCACCCGUGGCGAGCUUGUCAUGGUCUGGUCGGCCCUCUGAGGUUUCUCGUGUUUAUUCUGCAAUUGCAACGUGAGUAAUUUGCUGGACUUAAUGGGUGAGUGUUUAUAGAAUGUUUGAUCCCUUGAGGAUCACAAACAUUUUGUUAAUGACGAAAUUCUAGCUCAUCCUUGUGACAUUGUUGUUUCAAAACCCAUGAAAUAUAUUUUCUCGAAGUCCCAUCCUUGUAAUAUUGUUUUUUUAA